AUGUCAGGAUCUUGCCUUCUUGGUUGGUUUGAUCCAACUCGGAGCUCGGUCAAAUUGGAUCAAAACAACAACAACAACACGACAACGAAACCACAUGAUGACGAUGAAGAAUCUGUAACAUUAAUUUUGAAAUAUUUUGUUGAACAUGAUGAAUCAUCCUCUUUGCAUGAUGGUGAACACCACUCUGAUAAGAACAUGUUGUUUGAGAAAUUAAAGGACAAAAUGAGGAGAAAAUCACCACAACAAGGCUUCUCUUUGAAUACUUUUAAAUUGAGAGCACUAAUGGGGAAUAGUGAUCAAUUAUUGACAACUUUUCAAAACACUCAUGAAUUGUUCUUGUUGAUGGAUGAUGUUCCUUUAUCAGAGCCGUUUGAUAUCAAAAUUUCUUACAAUCAUGAAUGCAUACUAUGUACGGAUUGUGCCACUCAUAGAAUUCACUUUUUUGAUUUACAUUCAAAACAAUUUAAAUUUUCAAUUUCGACACCAUCUUCCGGUCCGAUGUUUUUGUGUGUUGAAGAAAGUUAUAGAGAUGCAUUUUCAGAUGCCUUGUUUUUUGACUGCAAAGGAGACAAAAGCCUCCAUAAAUAUGAUUUGGAUGGAUUUUUGAGUAACAAGCGACUUUAUCAAAAUGCUGACAGCAAUAUCAUAGAAUCAACAACAUGCAAAGGAAAACUUUGGGUACUGGAUGAUAUUAAGGGCAUUACUGGCAUAUCUUUAUUGAAAUUUCAAUCAAAAUUAUUUAUUGGAACCUUUGAUCGAUCCAUAAAGGUAUUGAAUUCAAAAACAGGAAUGCUAUUGCAUGUCAUACCUUGGGAUGGCUUGCCUUUGACCAUUCAUUAUUUUGCAAUGGAUCAACACGAUUACUUGGCCAUUGGGGGCUGGAACAAAUUUGGAAUAUUGUGCAAGAAGAAACUAUUACAAGAUGAUAAGCAAGUGGGUUCUCAAGUGGGUUCUCACGAGGGAAUGGAAUGGUGCCACUUGCAUAAGCCAUUUGAUCUGCGUGAUGCAUUUGGUAGUGAUCAGAAAAUACUCCGUAAGACUUAUGGUACAACCAUGGACCCCAUUUCCCACUGUCUUAUCGUCCAAUCGGAAAAUUCAAUUCUUUUUUAUAACCUAUUCGAAAAUACUCAUCUCGAUUGGAUAUUGCAUAAGAAAUUAGAGGAUGAUUUUAAAGGUCCUCAGGGUUUAUGCAUCAACGAACGCACGGGGGAGUUGCUCAUAUGUGAAAGAAAUGGUAGCAGAAUACGAAUUUAUCAAUAA